UCUAUCUAUCUAUUUCUUCCGUGUAGCCCAUACUUCCUACCUGCUUGAUUAUGGCCAAGGUAGAUAGGUACCUGUAGGCAGGCAGCUGACGAUGUAUGAUCUUGCAUUGUCACAAUCCACCAUUGACCGAUCAAUAGGGGCGUCAGCCGCACAAUUCAACCCUUGAACCCACUAUGGACCAGGUAGGUAAAUGCAGCAUGCUACCUUACACCUUACUCCCUUCGGUAGUGAGGACGGACUCCGUAGUUCAUAAUCUCCAUGCUGGGAUGAGAUGCUGCUGCCCAAUAGAAACGGAUGUUUCGCGAGUCCGUCUGCAGGUGCGGAAACUGGGGUUUGAUGGGAUUGUUGCGGUGACAAUGUCAUCCUCUUUUUGGAUUUAUUCGAUUAUUUUUAUUUUAUUUUAUUUUAUUUUAUUUUUUCAAAUUUUCUAUUCGUUUUUUUUCUUCUUCCCUCUUUUAAUGGUUUAUGCCUGAUUGUUUCUGUCAGAAAACCUGUGGUAACAGGGGCUUGCGGAUCAAAAACAACGAGUUCUUUCAAACCUCGGAGUCCC